UCUGGAAGCUCAAGCUCGGGCUGUGCCCCGACAGUGCGCUUGAACUUGCCGGCGUUCUCCAGGCGAGGCCGGGAAGAUGGUGGAAGCGUGGUAUAUGGACGAGUCCCCGGACGACCAGAGGAAACCCCACCGACUGGAGCCCGACUGCCCGGUCGGCCUGGAGCAACUGCGUCAGCUUGGUGUCUUUUACUGGAAAUUGGAUGCCGACAAAUACGAGAAUGAUCCAGAGUUAGAAAAGAUCCGAAGAGAGAGAAACUACUCCUGGAUGGACAUAAUAACAAUAUGCAAAGAUAAACUACCAAAUUAUGAAGAAAAGAUUAAAAUGUUCUAUGAGGAGCAUUUACACUUGGAUGAUGAAAUUCGAUAUAUUUUGGAUGGAAGUGGAUAUUUUGAUGUAAGAGAUAAAGAGGACAAGUGGAUCCGGAUUUUCAUGGAGAAAGGAGACAUGAUAACCCUUCCUGCAGGAAUUUACCACCGUUUCACACUGGAUGAAAAGAAUUAUGUAAAGGCCAUGCGGCUGUUUGUUGGAGAACCAGUAUGGACAGCAUACAGCCGGCCGGCUGACCAUUUUGAUGCUCGAGGACAGUACAUGAAAUUUUUGGCACAGACAGCAUAGUGGUGCUCUCUGGAAAUCAACACACUACUUGUAAAGGUCCUAAACAUGACAAUUGAGCAGAAAAUUUAUCAUUUUCUCUCUGCCUUUAUAUUGUAGACUUGAGGCUAGGUUAUCUUUCCUUUGCAAGAUUAUUUGAUCAGACUGUUUUUUCAUGAAAGGAACAAUACAACUGAUUGUUGUAUGGAUGGAACUAUGAAAGUCUGGACAAACCAUAUUCAUUUUCUCUAAUUACAACAAAAAUAUUGGUUUGGUAGCCCCGUGUGAGUACGUGCAUUCAACUUUAACCUGAAUGAAAGCUUAGUCUCCCAAAAGGUAACCACUUACAUGCUCUAUCUGAAUAUUCUCUUAAACUUUAAGCCAGAUCUCAGCGAGUGCCAUGCCUAUCUUAUAAAAACAUGUAAUAAUCAGAUAACGUAACAAACCAAAUCUAAGAUACCAUUUCUCCCAAAAUUAUGCCUUGAGAUGGAGAGUGGCAUGGUGGGGCGAGGCUCUCAUUAUGGGGCACACUCUCAAUUGCUUAUGCCACUUUCUAGUUCAAAAUAAAGUAACUGCCUUAAUUUUAUGCUCGGAGCUUGGCAUUACCUUACAUUCAGAUAUAGAUGGUAUUUUUGCCUAGUUCCUUAAAAUCUCCUCUUUAGAUUUUUUAUGUGAUGAUAUGGGUAUAAUUAAAUAGUAGCUAUGUUAGUGCCUUUCCAGCACAAGAUUUCUAGGUUAAAGUCACCUCCUGUAUAUCUCUUUCACAAUCAAGUCUUUGAAUUUUGACAAGAAAAUUAAUACAAUUAUUUUUCUACUUAACAAUUCUGAGAUACAUUAUGCCUAAUUUGUUAUAAUCAUAUUAAACACCAAAUCAACCUGAUGGUCUAGAAGGGCAGUUUGUUUUUAAGUAUUUUUUUAAAACUGCUUUAAAAAUCCUCUUGCUAACAAUAACGUUUUCUCACCUCCACAUUGGUCUUGGGGAUUGUUUUCCCAUCACGCAGGAAACACAAGCAUUAGACACUUAGGUAACCUCUUCCUGAAUUUUAGGAUUAAAACAGACGCAUGCAGCAUGAUAAUAACAAAUAUCCCAGGACUUUCUUUUGUCAGAUGUUAUUUUAUCUCCAUAAUUAAAAUAAGUGCUUAUCUACUGAUUUUUAUUUCAUGGCUUCAUUUCUAAAUGGUCGUUAUAAAUGAAACUUGUUCGUUUUUAAGAAUUAAACAUUAAAAAGAGACUCUCGCUUUCGUUGUCUUUUUUGGCUUAAAAUAAUGUUUCUGUAUUAAGGUCCGCAGAGCUGUUAAACUCCAUCCCCUUCCCCAAAUACAUGAUUCUGGGGGCUGGUUUCUUGCUGAUUCAAGUUUGACCUUGUUAUUCUCCUGUGGUGGGUGGGGCUUCUUGAGUUUCUUCACACCUGACCUGUUUUCACCCACUGAGCUAUGAGUUGAGGCAGUUAGGUAAUAUAAUUCUAUCAAAACAUUUAAGGUGGGAUCACAUUUUGUUAGUUUUCCCAGAGUAUUGCUUACAUCUCUUUUUUUAAAUCAACUUAAAUGAGGUAUAAUUUACAU